CCUUUUCGAAACAGUCUAGUCGUGCCGUGGGUCAAAUAGCCACGAGACAAUAUAGUGACAGCGAGUUUAAAUGCUCUCGAAAGUGUGAUGUAAACGAAGAGUGUGCUGCGUGGAACUAUCGGCAGCAAGAUAAGGAGUGUUUUUUGCUCAAGGUCCUGGAAAAUGAAGGGUUCGUGAAUGAUAAACGGUACAGUACGGGGAUACCAGUCGAGUGCAUAAACCAGAGGUAUCAACUAGAUCAGGUCACUUGAAGGCCAACCACCGCUGCUUAACAAGGUCGACUAUACGGAUAUACUGUGAUGCUUGCAGAUAGUUGGUGCCAUGGCCCAAUUUAAAGCAAAG